AACCCUAGCGCAGUCGCACCGCCGAGUCGGCGAUCUCUCCACAGCCAUGAAGGGCAAGGCCGACGCCUCCAAGAAGGGCGAGGGCAGGCUCAAGGCCGCCGGCGGCGCCGGGAAGCGGAAGAAGGCCGCCGCGAGCGGCAAGCCCAAGCGCCCGCCGUCCGCUUUCUUCGUCUUCAUGUCUGAGUUCAGGCAGGAGUACCAGGCAGCGCACCCUGACAACAAGAGUGUUGCCGCUGUGAGCAAGGCUGCAGGGGGAAAAUGGCGAGCAAUGUCUGAGGAAGAGAAGGCACCUUAUGUGGACAAGGCUGGACAAAAGAAGCAGGACUACGAGAAGACCAAAGCCAACUUCGAUAAGAAGGAGAGCACGAGCUCAAAGAAAGCUAAGACUCAGAACGACGAGGGUGAAGGCUCUGACAAGUCAAAGUCUGAGGUUGAUGACGAGCAGGAUGGUGCCAGCGACGAGGAAAAUGAGGAAGAUGAGUAAAUAGAUCCAGGGGCAUGAGGUAGCAAACUGUGUUCUAGGUCCACGAUUAGCUUACUAGUUUGCUAUCUUUGACCCAAAGUUGUUGGGAGUAGGGGUGCGUGUGUUGAAGGGGACCCUUUAGAAUUAUGGUACUCCAAUGUUUUUCUAUGGUGGAUUAGCAAAGAAAAAGCCUGAAUGCUGCCUGCUGUUCUGGUGCUUUUCUUUUGCUAACCCCUUAUGUUACAACUUUGUUUCAUCCGCUAAUCUAGUGGCUAUUCAGCUAAUUUUCUUUUCGUUAAUUGUUCAUUACAUCUGUGUAAUACACUUGUUCGAUGCAUCUUUCUGUUUAAUGUUUACCAUACUUUCACACAUAAGGUGAAUCUCACAGUCUCAUUGCCAAGCCUUGUUAGAUGCUAGCUGAGGCUGUUUAAUAGUUGAAGGAUGGAAAUAUAUUGUUC